UCGAUCGUUCUUGAAAAAAAGAGAACAAUGUAGCAAUCUCCAUUAUAUGCCCAUCAUUAGCUAUCCCAAUCUCUCGUUAAUUUCCAAGAACCAUCUAGCAACAACCAAACAAAUCCAUUAUCAACCUUCUCCACCAAACUAUAAAUAUCACCAUCUUCAACCUCACUCACCAUCGUCAAUCUAAACAGAGCUACUCGUAAGUUAUUCGAAUACGAAUUAUUUAUUUCAGAAAGAAAAUAAUGGAUAUGCGACACCUCGGCGGCGUCGACAACGUCCUCCUCUCGACGCUCCUCGACCUCGCCGACGAGGGCGAGAAGCCGGCGCAGAGCAACCCGUCGAGGGCCUACGUCCGCGACGCGAAGGCCAUGGCGGCGACGCCGGCCGACGUGAAGGAGUACCCGGCCUCGUACGCGGUGGUGGUGGACAUGCCCGGGAUCGCGGCGGCGGACAUCACGGUGCAGCUCGAGGACGACAACGUGCUGGUGGUGAGCGGCGAGCGGCGGAGAGAGAAAGAGGAAGGAGUCAAGUAUCUGAGGAUGGAGAGGCGCCACGGGAAGUUCAUGAGGAAGUUCCCGCUGCCGGAGAACGCCGACGUCGACGCCAUCUCCGCCGUGUGCCGCGACGGCGUGCUGACGGUGACGGUGCGGAAGCUGCCGCCGCCGGAGCCCAAGAAGCCGAAGACGAUUGAGGUUAAGGUUGGCGGUUAGGUGGCGGCGUCGGGUUUGUUUAGUGAAAAGGAUCAAUAAUGUUUUUAUUUGAAAAUGAAGGAAAAACAUCUUAAUUAUUAACGUUUUAUUUGUUGUGUGUUGAUGGUGUUUGAUUUGUAACGAGUGUGUGCUGAAAUCUUUGUAAUAAAGAAUAUCGGUUAUUGUUUUUAUUAACCGAAUUUGAUUAA